AUGACAGAGCAGACUGCACCCCCAACCCCUAUCCCUCCACCAACACUGCACCCCCGAUCCUUCUACCUACACUGCAUACCCCCUCCCCCCACUAAGACUGCACCCCCAACCCCUAUCCCUCCACCAACACUGCACCCCCGAUCCUUCUACCUACACUGCAUACCCCCUCCCCCCACUAAGACUGCACCCCCAACCCCUAUCCCUCCACCAACACUGCACCCCCGAUCCUUCUACCUACACUGCAUAUCCCUUCCCCCCACUAAGACUGCACCCCCAACCCCUAUCCCUCCACCAACACUGCACCCCCGAUCCUUCUACCUACACUGCAUACCCCCUCCCCCCACUAAGACUGCACCCCCAACCCCUAUCCCUCCACCAACACUGCACCCCCGAUCCUUCUACCUACACUGCAUACCCCCUCCCCCCACUAAGACUGCACCCCCAACCCCUAUCCCUCCACCAACACUGCACCCCCGAUCCUUCUACCUACACUGCAUACCCCCUCCCCCCACUAAGACUGCACCCCCAACCCCUAUCCCUCCACCAACACUGCACCCCCGAUCCUUCUACCUACACUGCAUACCCCCUCCCCCCACUAAGACUGCACCCCCAACCCCUAUCCCUCCACCAACACUUCACCCCCCAUGCCUCUACCUCCCCCCUCCCCCCACCAACACUGCCCCUCAUCCGUCUAUCUACACUGCAUACCCCCUCCCCCCACUAAGGUUGCACCCCCUAUCCCUCUACUAG